AAUGGAGUGAAGUCUAAAAAGAGAACUGCCUAUAGUUACAAAUAAACUUAUCAAUGAUGGGCAAUGAAAACUCUCACUUAAGUGGCCUCAAAAUUGAUGAGAGACCUACCGAAACCACAGAUUUUUGGUCACAUUUUCAAGCAACGAUUAGUGAUAGUUGUAGAUAUUUUAGUUUAAAAGAUGAUGGAUCCGUGUCUGUUUUUAAAGGAGAGGUUGUUUUGGGGCCUUUAUGGAUAACAGCAACGCCAUUGGAAAAAUGUUCUAAUAAUCUUCUAAAAUAUCGGCACCCCGGUAUUGUAAGAUAUAUAUCUUCAUGGCAGCAGAAGACAUUUCAUUUAGUGACAGAAUAUGUACAACCCUUAUCACAAGUCUUAAAUGAACAAACACCUUUACAAAUUUGCAUUGGAUUAAAUAACAUCCUUAGAGCUUUGGUUUUUCUUCAUGAGCAAGCUGGUGUGUCACAUAAUAAUGUCAGUAUAUCUUCAAUAUAUGUAUCAGGUGAUGGUCAGUGGAAGCUUGGAGGAUUGCAAUACUUGUGUACAUUUUCUGAUUUGAAUCCCUCAUAUUUGAAACAUGCUCGCAUACACAGAUAUGACAAAGCAGUAGAUCCAGAUGAAGAGUCACAAGAACUUACAUCCAAGGUAGACCAAUAUGCAUAUGCAGUUUUAGUAUUUGAUGCAUUCAAAGGCCGGAAUGAUGGUGAUGUACCAUAUUUGAAGGAGUUUAAAAAGUUUUGCAAAGAUUGUCUUCAAAAUAGCAACCCUGUGAACAGACCAAAUUUGUCCGAAAUUUUGCAGCAUGACUUUUUCAAUCAUGAAUUUAUUUCAAUUUACAAAUUCCUGUACUAUUUGCCUCUAAAGAAAGAAGACGACAAAAGUCAAUUUUUUUCUAAUAUUCUAACAAAUCUAAAACACUAUGAUGAAGAAACUGUUGCAAAACAGCUCGGCGGACUAUUGCUGUCAAGGCUAACACUUCUGGAUGCAACAGCAAGAAAAGAUGUCAUACCAUACAUUUUAAAACCUAGAAAUGAAAGAUUGCAGAAUGAAGACUCUACUGGUUUUUUUAGCUUAGGUGUAUUUAAGGAACAUGUAAAGCCAAGAUUAUUGCAAUUAUUUGGAGUAAGAGAUAGUCAAGUCAGAAUGAUCCUUUUAAUGCAUUUUACUAAAUUUGUUCAUGUUUUUUCCCAUGAUGAACUUUCUCAUCAUAUUUUACCCGAGUUACUUCUUGGUAUAAAAGAUGUAGAUGACAAUUUAGUUGCAUCAACAUUGGUUUGUUUGAGUGAAUUAGUACCAAUAUUAGGUGCAGAUACUGUAAUAGGAGGUAAAAGAUCUAAAUUUUUCACUGACGGCAGACCUAAGACAAACAGUAUCUUGAUUGAUACAUCUAAUGUGCACAAAGAUGUGAGGUAUCCAACAACAAAGUCAUUAAGUGAUUUCCCUUGUUCUGAAGUUUAUGAUACUGGUGUUGCCUUAAUGUUUGAGAAAACAAUGGCUUUAAAUGAACGGCCCACACCAGUAGGUGGAGAAGCUCAAGAUGAAGAUAAAAAUGUGGAACCUAGCACAAGUAUUUUAUCUGAUUCUGAAGAAGAGUGGGGUGAUUGGGAUAAUCCUAAUCGACAACUUACACUGGAAUCAGAUAAAAUUGAUGAUAUUGAUACAAUAACUUCUUCAAUCAUUAACAGUGAUAUUAAUAAAGGUAAUCUUAUGCAGAAAGUUGAACAUUCAAUCUCCAUUGAAAAACCACUAACAGGCAGAACUUUGUUACAAAAAGCAGCCAUGGAAGCAAAAAAACAUAUUGUUGACAUUUCUGAGUUGGACAUAAAAAGUACAAAAAUAGAUUUUAAGAGAAAUGUAGAUGAGUUUGACUUCUUUGCGGAUAUGGCACCAGUGAUAGAAAAACAAAACAUUGGUACAGAGACAGACAAAUUACAAGAUAUAAGUAGCAAAUUGAACUUUGUUCCAGAUGAAGAUUGUGAUGAAAAUGAGGGUUGGGGUGAAAAUUGGAAUUAAACAUUAUUUGAUUUCAUAUAUUUAUUGAAACAAAGUGAAUGUUACAUUUAAAUAAUACUACACUGUCUUUUUAAAUAACUUAUAAUGUAUAUAAGUGUAAAUAUUAUGCAAUAUAGAAGACUAGCAUAAAUGGUUAUAUAAAUUAUUUAGCUUCUGUAAGCUUUAAAAUGGCAAGAUUCAUCUCAGUUC